AUGGAUUUUCAAAAUAGACCAGGAUCGAAAGUAGGUAGCGGAGGUGUAGCUGGCUACUCCGAAACUAAUGUGGAUAGGCGAGAACGUCUUCGCAAACUUGCUUUGGAAACGAUUGAUUUGAACAAAGAUCCAUAUUUUAUGAAAAAUCAUCUUGGAUCAUACGAAUGUAAACUGUGUUUAACACCAGGAUAUAAAGUAACAAAAGUUCGCGAUCCGAUCACAAGACAACUUGGAUUAUUUUUUCAAAUUCAAUAUCCUGAAAUCGGUUUAGAUGUUAUACCAAGACAUCGUUUUAUGUCAGCUUAUGAACAAAGAAUUGAACCUCCAAAUAAAGCACAUCAAUAUUUAUUAUUUGCUGCUGAACCUUAUGAAACGAUUUCUUUUAAAGUACAAAGUAAAGAAGUUGAUAAAGGCGAAGGAAAGUUCUUUACUCAUUGGGAUCCGGAUUCAAAACAGUUUUCUUUGCAAUUCUUUUUCAAAAACGAUAGGCCUGGGAUGUACUCCGAGGGAAUCCCACCAGGAAUGGAGAGAACUCCUAUUGCUAAUCCUUUAAAUCCUUAUAAUGCUCCAGCAAUGCGUGGUCCAACAUUUGUGCAUAAUUAA